UUUAUCUAAGGUAUGAUUUACUAGGGCGUCACGCGUAAUGGUUAUAACCUGGUUAAUGAAUUCUUUUGGAGCUUUUUGCUAUAUUUGCUAGAUUCAUUGUUUGUUUGAUCUUUUACUAAGAUGGAUAACCGUAUGGAGACGGAUGCGUUUUAUUCGUUACGCAAUCACAUUCGUUACAUGUUUCAUCGUUCUCCGCAGGCUAAGAAUGCCAUCCACUACGACAGUAAGGUUCUUCGUAUGAAAUUCAAUUCAAUUCUAUCUAAUCGUGGUAAUGAGGCUUCCAAGAUACUUGCUUCAGAUUUGGUGAACAUCUGCAGUAGACACAACAUUAAGAAGUGUUUAAAGCUUUGCAGUUGCAGUUUGCGUGACAGGACUGUAUCUCCUACUAGUAAGAUAAAUGCUAUGCAACUAGUGGUCAUCAUUGCUUUAUCUAAUGACUACAAUGCAUAUUUGGUUGCUAGGUCAAAAGUUUUGGAGAUUGUUGCCAGGAUUGGGGAUCAGCGUGACAGUCCCAGUCGCAAAUCUCUUCUUGGUGGUUGGAACAAUGCUGUUCAGUUAUCUAAAUGCAUUAAUUACGCCAAUGCUAUAAUUGAGACGUUAUCUAAAAUUGAGGUUUUCGAUUUGACUCUUCACCAGAGUUUACCUUUUGGUGUUAUGUGUUUACUUUCUCAAUGCAACCAAUUACGUCUUCAGCAGCUUGCCAUUGGUUCUGUGCCUUUGAACCACCUUACUUCCAAUAGGAAGCCAUCGGAUGGUGGGUCUUACUCUGGUUCAGCUCGUGAGAACUAUGACAGUGCCGUGCCCAAAUCAUAUAGGACACGUGUGAAGGGUCUUGAAUUCACUGUUUCAAAGAUUCAGGAUGAGAUGGAGGACUUGGGUGUCUUGGUUGAUGAUGACAGUCCUGGUAUUCUUCCGGAGCGCGCUCCUACGGUUGAGAAUCGUUUGAUAGAGUUGGUCAGCAACCUUUGUUACUUACGGGGUGAGGCCAGCAAUUUAUUGAAUGAGAUGAUAGACGCCGACGAGUGCAACAUGAAUGCCAAUUUGACUGCAUUGAUAGGCCAAAUAAAGAACUUGGAGGUACAAUGCCGCAGUGGAUAUUUGGAUAAGGACGCUUACGCCGACACUCGUGCUUUGAAUCUAACUUUUAACCACUUGGAAAGGACGGACAAUUACCACGAUGAAUUCCACACUACCGUUGACCGUUUAGACCUCCCAUACAUCAGCAACAAGCAUGACGAAACGUCUUCUAUGCAUUCCUUUAAAUCUAUUGUUACCUAUGCUACUAACAAGUCCAAAAAGCCGGGAAACAGCUCUAACAACAUGUUGUCACCUGUUCCACUUCGGAUCGCCCCGUGUUCCAGUGAUACCACCUCUAUGCGUAUAAGCAACUUCUCGGUAGAGGCCAAUGUAUCUAGUUUUGAGAACAAUUCCACCUCUAUGGAUACUGGCUUAUUGAAUCGUUCUGAAGCUGAGUAUAACGAUUGCCAUUCGCUUGAGACACCUAAUUCAUUCCAGUUCUAUGACAGUUCGUUAACCACGUCCAACGUUGAUAGUUCCUUGGUUUCCAAUACAGCUGAGGUAUCCACUAACCCGUCUGUGUAUGACAGCCCCUAUCACUUAGACGCCAGCGAGGCCGUUAGUGCCUUGGGUAGGGCAGGCUCACCUGAUAUGAAGGCACCCACUGGUGACCCUUCACCAGACUGCGACACUGCGGCGAAUGGGCCAAGUACCCCUAAAAACACGAAGGAUGGGCUAUGUGACGUGGGUGUAGGUAGGGCAGACUACCGGCACGGUGAUUCAAACACUGCUGACUCUAGGGUAGCCGAUGUGUUGGCACCAUAUUCGGAUAUAAAGGAUGGAAAUCAAUCUCGUAUGAGGGAUGUGAGUGCUUUACCAUUUUCUAAGCACACUCCCUUGAGUCGUGUUUUUAACAUUGACAUUCUGAAUGAGGAGGCUGACACUGAGGACGACAACAGCAAUUCUGACUCUAGCAAUGCUCCACUUUCUAAUUUAUCUGCUAUACGUGAUAUUGUUUUAUUAAGGGCCACGGAUAUAUACAAUGACGACGAUGUGAGUGUGGUAUUUCGUCAGGACCUUGUUUCUGAGGAUCAGGGUGAGGUGCUGGUUUGUGAGCUCGUUUUGACAAACAAGGGUGACGACACCAUUGAGCAGCUACAGUUUGAUUUUCUCAACUUUGAGAAUUUCCCUAUCCAUUUAUUAUUGUUACCCAUGCCUUGUGACGUCAAUGUAGUUUCUCCCAAGGAUUCAAUGGAAAUUCGCUUUAAACUCUAUACAUUGGCUCCAUUUAUCGGUCUUCCUAAGGUUACUAUCCACACUAAGUUUGGCGCCAACAAGAUUGAGAGGAGCUAUACCUUGUUUUUACCUGUUCCAAUAUCAAGCUUCCUUUUCCCCGAGCUUUGUGAGGAUGUUGGAUGCUUGGUAGCUCUGAAGAAACAGUCUAAAUGCUACUUUUUUGCGCGGAACGCUGUAGAAUUCGAUGCCGCGGCUAAAUUGGUUACCUUGGGCGGCCAUUUAACAAGUUUCCAGAUAGAAUCUGAGCCGCGUAGUCAUUAUUUAAUGGCUACGUUUUCUCAGCAUCUUCAUGAUAAUCGUGGCGGCAAUGCCACUAAGCAUCGGGUAUUGAUAAAGCUGGAGUGUUCUUCCGAGCCCAAAUCGUUUAGUAUGUAUGUUUAUUCCGAUUCUGAGCGGCUAGCGGGUGCUGUAGCUCAGCUUUAUCGUUACCUUCUCCACAACAAGGCUUCGGGCUCUGUCUAGCUAUACGCUCAC